AUGGCGAGAAACGCAGAGAGAGAAGCAGAGACCUUACCUCUGCCUCCGCUGGCUCCUCCUCGAGCAUCAUCAAGCUCGAGAUUACGAGCUCGACCUGGACCGGACCCCUUGUUAGUAAUUUGUAGGUGUUUCAGCUUUGUAACUUCACUCACUGCCAUUCUUUGUGCUGCCGUCAACGUUCUCUCCGCCGUUCGAUCUUUCAAAGACCGAUCUGAUGUUUUUGAUGGAAUAUUCAGGUGCUAUGCGGUGCUGAUUGCGGCUAUUGUGGUGGUUGCGGAGACUGAGUGGGGAUUUAUCAUCAAGUACUGGAAGGUAUUGGAUUAUUGGGUUGGUAGGGGCAUGCUGCAAAUAUUUGUUGCAGUAAUGACAAGAGCCUUCCCUGACUAUUCUUCAAAGCAGAAGGAGCUUCUUAUUCUACAAAACGUAGCAAGCUAUAUGCUCCUUGCUUGUGGUGUAGUUUAUAUUGUUUCGGGAAUUCUGUGCAUUGGGUUUCUUAAACGGGCUCGUCAGCAGAAAGAAACUACGAGGGAGCAGGCUGUCAAGGAUCUGGAGGUGACAGUCAGUAGUCAGGAUGCACUUUAG